AUGGAAGCCAUUAUACUGGGCCGCGGCUCGCUGUCUGAUGAACAUGGCGGUGUUGUGUCAGUUCUGGCCAAACAAGCUGCAGCUCUCUCCAGAGACCCAACAGACGCUCCGACUGUGUGCCUGGAGUCUGAGUCAGGAAACAUUCUGGUGAGGAGUCAUGGGACCAUCACAGUGGCGGUUCACAAGAUAGCAUCUUGAGGACAGGGGUGCUCACCAGGGGUUUUAAUGUAAACAAAUGUACAUGUACACAAACUAACAAACCAAUGUCUCAAUGAGCUCUGAUGAAGAGAAGUCUGGGCUUUACCCAUUGAUCUGCUGUGUUUGCUGUAUUUAAACCAGAGUGCUUGCUCAAGUUCUACCAGCUACUGAAAACUGGAUUGUUAAUUAUCUCUAUUAUUAAAAAAAAAAUGAACAUACACCAAUCUGUUGGUAAUAAUAUUUUAUUGAUGCCGUGAGCAGAACAGGUCUUAUUUGAUGUAACGUGUUUGUGCAUCCAUGUCCUCUAGUCCAAGUCAGUCAUGCACAGAAUACUCUUAAUAAAGUUUAACUUGA